AACUCAAUUAUUUGUGACUCAUUAAGGUCAUCUACAAAGGGAAAAGCAAGAAUACCAUGACCAGCUGUUACUAGCUGCUAGGAAUGAUCAUGAGACUGAAAGACGCACUAUAACCCAGCUGAGAUUUGAACUUGAUGAACUUAAAAAGACAUACGAAGAAACACAAGGGGAAAUGAUGAGUUUAAAUGCCUUAUUGCAGUCACAACAGGUUGCUGAAUUGAAGACUCAAGAAAAUGAAAAUAAAAUGAAAGAGGAAGCACAAAGACUAAAACAAGAAAAUGAAACUAUCAAAGAGCAGCUCAGAGAAGAAAAAGAAAAGUCUGAGGAACUUUUAUGUCAGGUGCAACUUCUUCGUAAAUCAUUGCUCAGACAGGAGGCAGAACACACAAGAAUAGCUUUGUUGGAACAACAGAUCCAGAUAUGCACCACGGACUUAGAGAAUGGAAAGCUUGAUCGCCAGAACUUGAAGCAUGAGUUAAACCAUGUUCUCAAGGAGUUGCGCAAGGCCAAGGAGAAAAUAACCCGUCUGGA